UUUGUGGCAUUCAAUUUCCAAAUCCAAUCCUAAAGCUCUUAAGUUAAGUCUCCAAUUAAAAGAAUUAUACUCCAAAUCCAAUCCUAUAAGUCUUGAAGGGGUGAAUCGCAAUGUAUCAUAUCUUUGUUUUUGAAAAAGAAAAUAAAGAAAUAGCGUUGGCGCUCAUUUUCCAUGAAGGUACACGCAUUGAUGCGGUGGCGACACGUUUGAGCUUGAUUUCACCAGGUGGUACUCCCCAUGCAUGCACAUCGAGUUUUCUCUAACUCCCAAUUUCAUCUAAAUAUAUUGCCAUGAUCGAUCGAAUUCAUCCAAUAUAUCAAAUGAAAACCCUAGUGGAACACAAAUUCUCGGAUUUCUACAAGAAAUGGAUGGCCCAGCUGGAAGAUCUCCUCGAGCUCCUCCUCGUGGCGGUGAAGGAGCCGCCGCAGGAACCCGGCUGCGCUGUGGCGGCGAUCAGCAAGGUCACCGCCCACCACAAAGAAUACUACAAGUUCAAAUGGGCCGCGGCCCACGACGACGUGCUGGCCUUCUUCAGCGGCCCGGUUUGGCUGAGCCCUCUCGAGACGGCCCAUCUCUGGAUCACCGGGUGGAAGCCGUCGGCGGCGUUCCGGCUGCUGCGGGCGGCGUGCGGCGGCGCCGUGACGGAGGAGCAGGUGAGGAAGAUCGAGCUGUUGCGGGUGCGGAUGAAGGCGGAGGAGGAGAGGGUGGAGAGGGAGAUGGAGAGGCUGCAGGUGGCGGUGGCGGAUAGGAACGCGGUGGAGAUGGUGAGGGGGAAGGCAGCGGCGGCGGCGGCGGUUGGGGGGUUUUUGGGGGGCUUGGAGAGAGUGAUGAAGAUGGCGGAUUGCGUGAGGCUCAGGACGUUGAAAGGGUUGCUCGAGAUUUUGAGCCCCAUGCAGAGUGUCCACUUCUUGGCUACAAACUCCUUGUUUCAAAUUAGGGUUAGGAAAUUUGGGAUGAAUAUCAUUGAGACCACCAACUUAGCUUCUUGA